AUGACCAAACAAUUACGACAAGCCAGCCCGCCUGUGGACGAGUCCAUAUCAAAACAUAAACACUCUUGCGAUGCGCCCCCAACCAUUCCUCACAAUGAGCCAACGACUCCAGCUGCACGAGCAAGAACCGCGUUUGUAGAUGCAUUUUAUGCAUAUGGCAAAGACAAAAUCCGCCCGGUAUACAUUACUAUCAUUGCUCAGGUCCUGGCCUAUCCUUUCUGCAAGGUCGGAGGAUGUUCAAACUGUAGCGGUCUAGCUCUUUGUGUAACGACCUUUUCAUCAAUGGUUCAUUUUGCGGCGAUAAGUUACGCUGAAUUUCGCGACAAUCCAAAAGAGCACGUCGGUCGCAAUCUCAUUCUGCUGAGCUUAAUGCUUUGCUCAUUUUGCGUUUUUUUUGUCGCCUAUUCUAAAACUAAAUGUGUACCUAGCUAG